AUCGCAACACUUCAACUCUUGAACUUACUCUGCGUCCUGCUCUACCAUAUCUGCCUUUUUUUGGUGCACUUGAUUCACUAUCCAAUUCUCCCUCCCGUUCAUGCUGUAUCGCUCCUUCUCUCAUAGUAGAAUUCUGAGUCUGCGUCAUCGUCAUCCUUCUAUUUCCAAGUCUCGUAGUGUCUACUCUUCCAAGUCGCUGCUUUAACUCUUUUAUUCUAUUUGUCUUACUGUCCAAUCAUGUCUGGUGUCAUCAAUAUUCGCAGAGAUGUUUCUGACAAAUUCUAUCGCUACAAAAUGCCCCGUCUUAUAUCAAAGGUGGAAGGAAAGGGAAAUGGAAUCAAAACUGUUAUCCCCAAUAUGACCGAGGUUGCUAGAGCUCUUAGUCGUCCUCCCAUGUAUCCUACAAAAUUCUUUGGGUGUGAGCUAGGUGCUCAAGUCAUCUUUGAUGCUGCAAAUGAUCGACAUAUUGUCAAUGGUGCUCACGAUGCUGAAAAACUCCAAUCACUUCUGGACACAUUUAUCGACAAAUUCGUUCUUUGUCCGUCCUGCAAAAAUCCAGAAACUGACCUAGUCAUCACUAAAGAUGAGUUCAUCAUGCGAGAUUGCAAAGCCUGUGGUGCUCAUCUUCCUGUUGAUAUGCGCCACAAGCUGACUACAUACAUCAUCAAGAAUCCUCCCGUAACUGCUAAAAAGUCUAAAAAAGACAAAAAGUCGAAAAAGACUGAUCGCAAGGAUGCGACUGAAAAGGCAUCUACCCCAACUGAAAACUCUGCAGGAUCUGGUGACGAUGAUGAACUCACUCGUCAGAUUGAGGAGGGUGCUGCCAAUAUUCCCGUUGCGGCAUUGGACAAUGACGAUGAUUGGGCAGAAGACACUAGUGUCGAAGCUGUCGCAGCUCGCAUGAAAGACCUUAAAGUUGCUGGCGCUCUUGCUAAACUACUGGAUGCGGACGACGACGGCGACGAAGCCGAUGAUCCUGUCGAUCAACUGGCUGCCUUUAUUCGUUCCAAUCCAGAUGUUUCUGAAACUGACAUCUCUGCCAAAGCAACCGAAUUUAAUCUGCGCGACUACAAGGUGUGUCUAACUCUUGCUAGCGUCUACCUUACCGAUCAAGUUCUUGCAGACGAUGAAGUCAAAAAACAUGCCGUCUUUAUGCUCAAGUAUGUCAAAAAUGAAAAGUGCCAGCGCGCUCUCUUGGGUGGCAUCGAGCGUCUAGUAGGAAUAGAACAUCCUGAACUCCUUCCCAAAGUGGCUCUGAUUCUCAAGGCACUGUACGAUGUCGAUCUAGUAGAGGAGGAUGUUGUUCUUGCUUGGGGCGACAAACCAUCCAAAAAGUAUGUCGACCGAAAAAUUAGCAAAGACAUCCGUGCCAAGGCAGAACCCUUUCUCAACUGGCUUCGUGAAGCUGACGAAGAUAACUCGGAUGACGAGUAGAGUUCAAGACAUUGCUGAAUUUUAUCCCAUUUAAAAACUUGAAUGAAUGAUGUUUGCUU